GCCAAAAUCCGACGCUUUUUCCUGCAGUGAGUAAACAUGACCAUCGCUGUAUGAAACGAAGCACUUGUUUCAAGGUGGACAGCUAAAUAUUAGCAUAAUAUUAAGUCGAUGGUAUGGCAUCACCUUGUCGCAGUCGAAGAUCACUGAACGAACUUUCGCCAGUGAUUAAAGAAGUAGAUAAUACUCUGAAGGAGCAGUACAAGAUAGGAGACCAUGUUUGGGUCAAAGUCAAGACACAGCCGUGGUGGCCAGCAGAGGUAGUUGAAGAUGAAUGCAUGCCAGAGUUGAUGUACGAGAAUACACGAAGACCAGUUGUUGUCAAAUACUUAGGAGAAGAUGAAUAUGCACGAAUUACCAAUCCGAAGUCGAUCUGCCAUUACAAUUGUCCAAUGAGGGAGACAUACAAAGUAGAAGGUCUUAGAAUGAAAACAUCCAAAGGCAAAGAAACAAGAGACAUAUUUUUAAGGGCAUUAAAGCUGGCUGAAAAUCUAGACAAGAAUUCAGACUUAGAGGCAUCAGAGGCUUCAAUGACAGAUAAAUCAGGAGAACACAGAAAAUGUCUGUUCCAGUCACAUCCAGGCCAAAAGGAUGAUUCAGAUCAUCAGACAAUGGAGACAGAGGAAUCAGUGAAGAUCAGAAACACAGAUAAAUCUAGGAAAUCUACGUCAGAACCACAGGAGGGUCAUCAGAGGUCAGCUGUCCCUCUACCUGUGUCAGAAUCACCUGUCCCCCAGGUGUGUUCCCCUGCUGAUGAUGAAGUGUCACAGUUCACCCCAGGGGCCUCAGUGUGGGUUAAAUUACCCAGACUACCUUGGUGGCCAGCAAAGGUGAAGGAGGUGACACAGACCGGGAACAAGCCGUCUAUCUGUGUGGAAUUUUUUAAUGAAGUUGACAUAGAGAACAUUAAAGAUUUCAAGAAAAUCAAACAGUUUCGCUGCUUGGAGAAAGAGGAGUUCUACAAGAAAGGUAUGAAGACUCUUAAGACCAAGCAGAAAACAGAUUUAUUUGGUGCAGCAUAUGAAAUGGCUACGUCCAAUAUGUUUGACAGGACAGCCCUGGAUGUAGAAUGUGUCCCUUUAAAUCGAACCUCUAGUGAUGAAAUAAGUGCUGACCCAGACACGAAGGAUUCUGAAUCUAAGGUGACAACACUGACUAAAAUGAAAAGGAAAAGACAGGCUGACAGUGAAGAAAGUCUGUCGGGAAAAAGAAGAAAAAAACAUAGUGGCAAAACUAGUGACACAACAGUGAACCAAUCAAAUAGUGAGAAAACUAGUGACACAACAGUGAACCAAUCAAAUAGUGAGAAAACUAGUGACACAACAGUGAACCAAUCAAAUAGUGAGAGAAGUCUGCGUAAAACUUCUGUCUCAAAAAAUACUAAGGAUGAUAAAAAACCAAAGUAUUCAAGUUAUUCUAAAGUAGAACCUAAAAAGAAGGGAAAAUCUGUGUCUAGGAAAAAGCUUAAGUCUUCAAACUGUGUUAAAACGAACAGUGAUAGUAACCAGGAAGAUCAAUUAAUAGAGGGUGAUGAAUCCCUGCCGCAAUUAAUGAAACGAAAUAAGACAAAGAGAGGUCAGAUCAAAAACUCAACCUCAAAAUUCACAAAAAAGAGGAAAACAAUGAAAAAGAAGAGAAGAGGGAGAGACGAGACGCGAACAGAGAUACAGGAGGAAAGAGAGGAGGAAUUGUGUACGAGGGACGACACUGUUUACAACGAGAGCAGUUCUCCAAUCUCGUACGGUGGGAAGCUGGAUUAUAACGAAGCCAGUUCUCCGAUUCCAUAUGGUGAGAAAAUGGAUCACUCAGAGGGAAGCUCACCAAUACCAUACGGUGGAGACUUGAAUUCAGAAAAGUCUUCAUGUCUUAUGGAAAACAUCACAGAAGAUGAAGGAGUUCAGCAUGAUUCCCUGAAUUCGCAGACAACAAAACAUUCACCAAACUGUAUGGACUCUGAAGAGCUAAGCAGUAAAACAGACACCAAGCAGCUCACAACUAAUGAUGAUGGGAAAAGAGAGGACUUUGACCCCAAUCUAGAUGCUGAUGACUGCUACAGUGAUUCAGAUGAUGAAGAUUUACCAGAUGCACUUACUCCAUCUAGACAUGUGACAAUUAAGGAGAAAGACAUUGUCUGGGUAAAGUGGAAGGGAUGUCCUGUGUGGCCAGCUGUUGUCAGAAGACUGGGUAAGAAGAAGAAGAGAAUCGUUAAGGUGUCCCUCACCCUGAUUGAGCCUCACAGCUCUAUCCCUAAAAGGUUGACCCUGAAUUACAAUUCAAGAACAGUAAUUUCUUAUAACACCCAGGAUUCAAUCAAUUCAUGGUUUAAAGUGUCAAAAUGA